AGACCUGUCAAGAGAGGGCGAGUGCAUCCAGAGGGUCCGAACGUAACUUCCUACGUGGCGAUGUUAAGAGAAGUGGCGCAAUGGAUGAUCAUUAAGGGUGAAGACUCUGUGAUCAUCCGGGAAACUGCCUACAAAAUGGUCUUUAAGCCAUGGAUGACUCGACUUGAGCUUGAAGAAAGAAGACGAGUGGAGGACGUCUCUAAAUUCUGUGUCACUGCGCUGAGAGUACCAUUGAGGGGGAUGUUCCCUAUCGUGGAUGCGAUUGAGCAAUGUAUGGGAAGGAUAAUCAAAGCCAUCCUUCCUCAACCGGAUGCCUGGAGACCAAAACUCAUGAACAUGAAGUUUGAGUUGGUCCUCGAGGCGGAAGGUGCAUUCAAACCUAUUCUUCCCCUUCGACUCGAUGACGGAGAAACGGUGAACAUUGAGUUGGCCUGCAAACACACUCCUUGGUGUGAUAAAUGCAGAUGGUGGUUCCACACGGCAACUGAUGGCUGCCCGAAACUCGAGCAACAGGAUGAUGGCCAGGGGUCCCAGCCAGCCGCAGCUGACAACUUCUCAAGUCGCAACAGGCAAGAACCGAGUCAAGGUGCGUUUGGUGGAAUCCACGAUGCAGCAAAAGAUCCACCGAUGGAGAUACCGGCCAGGAUGGUGGCGGAAUCCUCAGCAAGAGCUGCUUCGGGAUUUCGUCCACAACAGGCCACUAGUGCGGCCCGACAUCCGAGAGUUUCGGGUGAAGGGCAAAGCGGGGGCCAAGGGAUCUCAAUCGGUCGCAACAUGGCAACUCCAAUACAUCAGCAACACCAUGCGCCGUUUCAAGGAUGGAACACGGGUGGUCCAAGCCCGAGCGGUCAGGGGGGCACAUGGCAGCCACCAGACGAUCAAGCGUGGCAUGCAGUUAUCCUGGAAGCAGCCAGUCAAAUAACAGUGGAUGUGUUGGCUCAAAAUUCAGGGUGCCCUGGAACUAGAGGUGCAAAUAACGGAGCAGGAUCCUCCGGUGGAAGGACGGAGGUACGAGAGCUUGCGAUAAUACCGAAAGGCGAGCUUAUUGGGAGAGAAGAACGAACAGAAACGGAACACCUUUUGGGGGAAAGAAAAGUGAGGGGCGAUGGAAUACGUCGGGGCGACCAGGGGAUGAUGGUAGGAGGGGAUCGAGCCUUGGUGGUGCAUCAUUCGGACGUGGAAGAUGAUCAAGACGUAGAGGACGAGGAAGAUGACGAAGGGUCACCACGGGGCAUCCAUGAAGGCGCGCCGUCGAGAGAGCGAGGUGGCCUCCAAAUGGAGGACAACCUGUUAUUACCGUUCGUCUGCACCCUUCAGGGGAACGAGAUUUUUGUACUUGGCCUUUGGUCAGUGGAGGACAAGUAUUCUAUCCCGGCCUGCCAUGUUGUUGAGAUCCCGUCGCAUCAGUUCGUAAUUAUGAAGGUUGGACAGUUGUUUGCAGAGAGAUUCGUCUUCAGAAUGUUCCCUGACGAUCCCCCAGCACGCUUGGUGGUAGACUUACCAGGAGGGUGCAAGGCGCGCUUUCCAAUUCCAAUUAUCGAUGCUAGAAUCCCACCAGAUCAGUGGAGUAAUAUAGCGUCGGUUCUCCUGACAGAUUACCUAAGGUGCCUACCUGCAGAGGUAAGGACCAAGCUGGUUGAUGAGGCAUAUGUCGAACAACACAUCUUUGAUACUUUUAGUAAGAAAGCUUUGGACAUAGAGGCAAAGUUGAGAUCCGCGCAUCAAGCAUCUCAUGAUGGUAGGAAGAGACUUCCCCAAGACUUGAAGAAGAAGGGUCAGUUGAUGUUUGUGGACCAUGAUGGUCAAACGACGAAGAUAGAAGAUUUCCCAGACCUUGGGGAGGUGACAGAGCACGAUGGGGCUAGUGAGACUUCGGAUGGGGGAGUCGUGACACCCAUCAAGGAAAAGGCUAGAGGGACCAGGAAGAAGAAGGUAGUACGGUCCACGGGUCAGGGUGACCAAGGAACACCCGCAUGGGUAAAACUUGGUUUAGAGUAUGAGGUGUGGAGGGACCGAGUUGCUAGGGGCACGUGGAUGAACUGUGGCAACUAUGGCCACACGUCUCGAACGUGCCGAGGCAAGAAAGUCUUGACGAGGGUAGCCUCACCAACGGUGGUGGGACUUUCUUCGAACUCUGGCGGUGCUUCUGCGAGCACUUCGUAGGGAAACACCUCGGGCCAGUAGGAGUAUUAGCCGCUCUUACUCGCGC